AUGAGAAAAUAGAUGCAUUAAUAGAAAGCCAGAUAUAUCUAGAAGAAUGCCCGAACUUAAACAAAAAAGUAUGAAUAAUAGGAAAUUAGUGCUUCAAAUAUUGCUUAAGGUUAGCCAAAAAUUAAAGAAGAUGCUAACAAUAAAGAACUUGAUCUUACGUUCUUGAUGCCUUAUUUCAAAUCAUAAUUUGGUGAAUCGUUAAUUUUGUAGAAAAAUUUUUUGAUUGAUAUUUUGAUUGAUAAUUUGAAUAAAGAUAAAAAGUAUAUACAUAUUGAAUCCAACUUAGCAAAAUUGAUGCCAAAUUUCUUAGGCCUAGUAUUAUACAAAACUCUUAUAAGAUAGAGAGGUUGAUUAAAACCUUACCAGUCUAGGACUAAAGGAAGGUUCACUACUCUACAUCUAACACAUGA